AUGUUUAAGAAAAACUAAUUUAAUUUACAACUUCUUGCUAGACUAUUAGAGUUUGAAAACAAAGCUUAUAUACUACCUGAACAUUUAGUAAAUAUUUUAUUGUUGUAACACUCAAUGAUUAAUAUCUCAUAUCUCUAUUAAAGGAAUUUAAAAUCAUGGAUCUACAUAUUGGUGCUAUUUGCAAGGCCUUAAUUAAUAAUAAAUAUCGAAUAUUUGGACUUUUUAAUGUUAGCUUAUAUUAUUCUAUGGUUUGUAUUUUUAUUUAAUCAAAAUUUUUAUGGGGCUUCUCUAACUAGUUUAUUUAAUACAUUAUUGAAAACAGCAAUUUUCAAUUUUGUACUUGAGUAAAUGAAGGAUAAUUUAGGAAUUUCUGUUGGAUUAUUUAUAAGCAUAUAAUAAUUUUUUGAUCUUUUACUUAUAUAAGGAACACUUACUGUAAAUACCAUUAAUUUUUAAGUCCCUUAUUCAAAUUACUUAAAUAUCAUAGAUUUUAUAUUAAAUAUUCUGCUGAUUUAUUUUUAGUUAUUUAAAUUUGAUUAAUUAGUGAUAUAAAUAUUAGCUCUAAUUAAAUCAUGCUUUUAGUUUAUUUUAGUUAUUUUCUAUAAUAAUUAUAGAAAUAGUUUAAUUAGAAAAAUUGUGGCGUUUUCUCAUUUGGCAACAAUUGUAUUUGGAAUAAUUGAUUUUGUUAAUUAUUAACAUUCAUAUACAUUAGUAAUAUUGCCGUUAUUGUUAAAAAUUAUACUGUAAAAGUAAUUCUCUAAUCAUAAUGUUAAUGAUCCUAUUUUAAAGGCUUCUAUAUUACUAUAAGAAGGAAAGGUUUUUGAAUGUUUUAUAGUUUUAAAUAACUUAAAGGAUUUAGGGAUUAUGAGAAGAGCUAAAUCAAAUCAAUAAAUGAAAUUAUGUGUCGCUUAAAUAAUUGUUAAAAUAUCAAAACCUAACUAAGCAUUAAAGGGAGUAUGUUAAUAAUUGAUGAAAAAUGAUGAACAAAAUAUCUUACUCUCAAAUUAAUUGAAUAGUUUGAUUGAAAACAAAUUGUCUUUACUUCAAAAUUUUAAAGAUUUAAAUUUCAAAUAAUUAUUGAAUUAUAGCAAUAAAGUUAAUUCUAUUAAUAACUAAUUAGAAAAAUUGCAUAAUUAAUAAAAUAGUAUGAUGAUAUAAUCCUUAUAAAUAUUUUUUUAUUCUGAAAUUUUGAAUGAUUUACUAAAAGGUUAAUAAAUUUAAAGUAGUUUUUCAACAUCUUAAGAAACUUAAAUUAAAUUUAAUGAUUCAAUAUUAUAAAAGUUAAUCUAUUUAGUUGCUAACUAUUAAAAUAAUAAAUUAAUAGUUAAAUCAAUAUCAAGUAAUGCACCAAAAACCUUUUGCAAUAAAACUCUUGAAGAAUUAGUUCCAUAAGGAGUUAGAGAAUGGCAUUCAUUACUAGUAGAUAAAUUUGUUACUGAUGGUGAAUCCAAAUAUGUUAGAAAUCUAAAUAACAAUUACAUAGCAAAUGAAAAUUUCAUAGAAAAUGUUUAAUUUGCUAUUGAUAUCUUUUAUACUGAUUAAGUUGAUUUUAUUUGUUUAUUUUAACCAACACUUUUGUAAACUAAAACAGUAAUAAUAAAUCAAGAUUAUUAAAUUACUUCAAUGAGUUCAGAUUUUAGUGAUUUUGUGAAUUUAAGCAAAUAUUUUAAAAUAGGUUAAUAGAUUGAUAAAUUUAUACCUUCUGUAACUUAAAUUAGAGAAAGUUGUUAUUUAGAAAAUAUGAUAGUUAUGUAGUCUGAUCAAAUUCAAAGUUCUAAAAAUUUUACUGAUAAAAGAGCUGAAAUGAAUUAUUAUUGUGAUGUCAAUAUAACAGUUAAAAUAGAUAAUUAGAAAAUGUUGUAUAUGAUUAUAUAAUUUGAGAAUUUUAAGAAAUAAUUAAUUAAAAAAAAUGAAGAUUAAAUUGUAGAAUAAUAAUAAAUUGUUUAAAAGAAGACAUAUGAAAUAAUUCCUUUUGAAUUAGAAAAUAAUGCGAUUUAAGAUCCAUAUGAAUUUUCAGAAGAUCAAUAAGAUAUAAAUUAUAUAUAGAAUUAUUUGUAUAUAGAUGAAAAAACUGUAGCUUAAUAAUAAAUUUUUACUCCUAGAGAUGAGGAAGUAUCUCUUGUUAGAUUUUAAAGAGUUGCAAAAAGAUUUAAAUCUCAAUUUAAGAAAUCUCAAUUUUAAGAAGAAUAAUAAGCUUAAUUUUAUGAUGUGCAAUCUUAAGUUUCUUCAUUAAAAUAAUUUAGAAAUUCAAAAUUUUAUCGUAAAUAUGAACUUUAUAAUAAAUUUUUAUAAUAUGUUCCUUAUUACAGAUUACAUAAAUUGAUAAUUGCAAUAAUGUUUUUGUUAUGCUUAUAUCAAAUAAUAUUCAUGAUUAUUGUAUUUAAAUAUUAUUAAUUUAGUAAUUAACAAGCAUGAGUCUAGUUACAUUAUCAGAAGAUAUUAAUUUAUUAGAAAUUAAGAAUUUAAUAUUUUAACCAAUAGAAUUGUUUUUAGUAACUAGAUGGACAUUAUUUAAUUAUAAAAAUUAAUUGAAUGAGAAAUUAAUUACAUUAGAAGAGUAUACAAAUAGAACAGGUUUUGCUUUAUCCAAUUUAGAUUUAGGUUAUGAUUAAUUAAAUAAAAAUAUAUAAUCAGUACUAUUUAAAAAAGAAUUAUAGGCAUUAUUGGAAGCUAAAUAUUUUAAUGCUUAUUAAUACUUAGAUACAUACAAGAAUGAAUAAUAUAAUAUGACUUUGAGAACAGCCAUAUAAGUAUUAUUAAAUUUUUAAUAUACACUUAAAAUGAAUUAUAAAAUUGAAAAAACUGUUGCUAUAGAUACUCCAUAAGUUUUUUAUAGUUAUAAGAAUUAUAAAGUAUUAAAUGAUAUUGCAUAAUAACUUAAUCUUGAUGUAGUAUAAGAAACACUUACAAAAGCAAAUUUAAUUUAAAGGAAUAUUGAAACAAUUUUAGCUCUUGAUUAAUCUUUACUUUUAUUCUUUUUACUCAUAAUUUUGAUUUUGCAGUAAAUCAUUGAUAGAAGAUUAAAAUAAUGUAUUAAUCUCAAAUAAUAUGUUGAUGAAAGAGAAUUAGAACUUGAAAUUAAGAAAUAUUAAUAAUGUUUAAAUUAAAUGAGGUUAGAUAAUUCUUACAAAUUUUAAUAUAGAUUAAAUUUGGAAUUAAAGGAAUAAUAAUUUUAAUAAGUUUAAAGUAAUGAAAUUUAAGCAAAAAUUAAAUUUUAAAAGAUAUCAAGUAAUUUUAUUGUUAAAUAUGGUGUAAUUUUAUUUGUAAUUUACAUAAUAUUUUCUUUUAAUCAUUUUGUGAUGUAUUUUUUAUAAAAUAACUUUCUUUAUAAAUAUCCAGAAACAACAUUGUUUUUAGAAGGAAUUACAAAUUUAGGUGUUGAUUUUCCAUGUAUGUUUGCAUAACGUGAAAUAUUAUAUGAAAGAAAAAGAUUAUUUUAUUUAACUCAAGAGGAUUUUGAUAAUGUUUAUUAAAGAAUCAUAUUAGCUUUAAAUAACACUGCUAGAUUUGAUUCAUUUCAAAAAGAUUUUUCCAAGUAUUUUUUAUAUUUUAUUUAGAAUAUUGGUAACAUAAAAAUAUUAAGAUUAUUAUGAGCAGUUAUAAGUAUCAAAUCUAUGUGACUAUAUUCCUAUUAAUUUAAAGUAAAAAAGUGAAUUUAUUUGUCCAUAAAUUUUUAAUUAAAAUAUGUUAUUAGGUUUAAAGGCAGUCUUAAUUUACAGUUAUAAUUUAAUUGCAAAAGAAAUAGAAAUUAAUAAAUUUACUAAAAGAUUAAUUAUUGUAUAUAAUGAAUUAGAUGGUGUUUUUAUUUUAUCUUAGAUCAUUAAAGAUGUAAAUGCACAAUUUGUUUAGGAUUUAAAAGAAUUAACUUAUUAAUUAGUCUAAAUUUUGUAUGUAAAAUAUAAUAUUUAUGUAUUAGAUUAUAAAUAUUUGCUACAUAAUCUCAAUUUCAUUGAUUAUUUUAAUAUGGAUACCAAAAUUAGCCAUAAGAUUUAUUAAUAAUUCUAAGCAAAUAAUAUAAUUUGUUUAGAUUAUACCAAGUUAUUCUCUAUUCACAAAUGAUUAGUUUGAAAGAAUUUUGAGAAGCUUUUUGAAUUAAAAAUGA